GGCAGAGCAACUUUAAAGUGUCUCAGGAAGUCUUUUACAGAGCUUCUGAAGUCAUUCCUCCACGCGCCGUAAUUCUCAGGUGGUCGUCUUCCACGCAACAGGCUUGAGAACGGUGGUUCUCAAACUUAGAAUAGCGUGUGAUUUCAGCGUUUUCACAAUUAUGCAUUGACAUCCAAAAUCAUUUGGAAACGGCUGCGUGAGGUAGCUGCAGUUUCUUAAGACGCACAUUUAUGAACUUUACCUAGAUAAACAAUUUAUGGGGGAUGGGGCCUGGGACUUGUAUUUUAACUGGUGUCCCAGAAAAAUCUGAUGUUGGUGUUCCCCCGGACCACACUUUGAGAAACACUGCAUGGAUGGUUUGUGGAGAAGUUGAGUGCCCCCUUUAGGAGGAUUCUUGUUACAACGUGAAGAAACCAAUGUUGGAAGUAGAACUUCGAGUCGGAGGUGGAUAUUUGGUUGAGAGGCAGAUUUUUUUUUUUUUUAACUGCUUCUUAAUAUUUGAGGAAGGACUGGGAGAAAAGUUUGUUUUUACAGUGCACUGGAAAUGGUUGAUGGACUUUGAAAAUACUGAUAAUUUUUCUUUCUUCCCUUAUUUAGAUUUUGAGAAGAGGGGAAAAAAGGAAGUUUGUCCUGUCCUGGAUCAGUUUCUUUGUCAUGUAGCCAAGACUGGAGAGACCAUGAUUCAAUGGUCCCAGUUUAAAGGCUAUUUUAUUUUCAAACUGGAGAAAGUAAUGGAUGAUUUCAGAACUUCAGCUCCUGAACCGAGAGGUCCUCCCAACCCUAAUGUCGAAUAUAUUCCCUUUGAUGAAAUGAAGGAAAGAAUACUGAAAAUUGUCACUGGAUUUAAUGGUAUCCCUUUUACUAUUCAGCGACUAUGUGAAUUGCUAACAGAUCCAAGGAGAAACUAUACAGGAACAGACAAAUUUCUCAGAGGAGUAGAGAAGAAUGUGAUGGUUGUUAGCUGUGUUUAUCCUUCUUCAGAGAAAAACAAUUCCAAUAGUUUAAAUCGAAUGAAUGGUGUUAUGUUUCCUGGAAAUUCACCAAGUUAUACUGAACGGUCUAAUAUAAAUGGGCCUGGAACACCCAGGCCACUUAAUCGACCAAAGGUUUCUUUGUCAGUCCCGAUGACAACAAAUGGCUUGCCUGAGAGCACAGACAGCAAAGAGUCAAACUUACAGCAAAAUGAGGACAAAAAUCACAGUGACUCUGCGACAUCUGAAUCAGAAGGUUCCUCAGUGAGCCCUAUAAAAAAUAAACAUCCAGAUGAAGAUGCUGUGGAGGCCGAGGGGCAUGAGGUAAAAAGACUGAGGUUUGACAAAGAAAGUGAAGUCAGAGAGACAGCCAGUCAAACAUCUUCCAGUGAAAUUGCUUCGGUUAUGGUAGAAGAAACAGAACCAUCGUCGUCACCUCAGGAUAAAGACAAGGAAAGUACUUGUACCAGGCAGCACUGUACAGAAGAGGAUGAAGAAGAGGAUGAAGAGGAAGAAGAAGAGUCUUUUAUGACAUCAAGAGAAAUGAUCCCAGAAAGAAAAAAUCAAGAAAAAGAAUCUGAUGAUGCCUUAACUGUGAAUGAAGAGACUUCUGAGGAAAAUAAUCAAAUGGAGGAAUCUGAUCUGACUCAAGCUGAGAAAGAUUUACAUUCUGAAGGUAGUGAAAAUACAGGCCCUGUAAGUAGUGGUUCUGAUUGCCAUGAGACAGAAGAAUUAGUAGGAUCCAACUCCAGUAAAACUGGAGAGAUUCUCUCAGAGUCAUCCAUGGAAAAUGACGACGAAACCACAGAAGUCACAGAUGAACCAAUGGAACAAGACUAAUUAUUUAGAAACAUGUAGAUGCAGUAUUUUACAUACAGUUCUGGUUUUACACUGUAUAAAACUUUUAUGUAAUAAAGUGGACCUUUAGUUUUACAAGAGAAGCAGGUUGUAAAAUAAAGUACUUUAUGGGAUAAAUCCUGAAAGAGUUGUACAUGUAAGAACUGUGAAUAUCAGCUCCUCUGGGUCCUGCUUACCGCUGACUUUUUUUUCGGUCUGGUCAAAUCAGUGGUUUGUGUAUAGAUUUUUUUUUUUUUUUUUUUUUAAGAAUUAAAGUUUUUAAACUGGAAGGUAAUAAUUAUAAUUUUGAAAACCUUUUGGAAAUUAUCACAUUUAGUUUAUACAUAUGCAAGAAAUCUUUUUGUCUUGUCUCUUUCUGACAACUCUAGCAGUUUUCAUAUUUUGGUCAUAGUUUCAACAUUUUAACAUGUGAAUUAUAGGGUUUCAUGCUGGUUUCCAGAUUUUAUUGUUUGACUAUGUACAGUGGAACUUUAAGUCAUAUAUACAUAUAUAUAUAUAUUAUUCUAAGGGGGGAAAUGUUAUAUUUUUCUGUUUCUAUAAGAGAUGAAUACAGUGGAUACUUUUUCUAUUGGUAAUGAUUGAGUUCACCUCUUUCAGAAGACAGUUUCAGUUUCUCUUCUGAGUAAUUCAAAUAAAAUCUGGCCCUUGUGAAACCCUGGAAAUAAGUCUGUUGAAAUACCAGGUUAAACACAUUCCAAGAGAUCUGUUCAAACUAAAAUUCUUUUGUAUACUUCUGAGGUGCCUGAGAAAAAGACUUCAUUAUUUAUGAGAAAAUACGCUUUAUCUUGGAAACUGUGUUCAAACAUUAGCUUACUGUUUUAUAGAAUGAAUGCUGACAUGAGACCAUCUCAGAAGAACCCGGCAGGUUCCUUGACCUUUUGCUUGCUUUUCUGAACAUUGUGAAUAUUACACAUUUCUUUCUAAAUUAUUCUAGAGUAUGCAAAUGUCAAAGGUAUGAAACCCCACUGUACUGGAAAAAUUAAUAUAUUACUAUAGUAAUGUACUGGAGCUAAAUGACUGAAGCUUUAGGGGUGCAUAGAAACCACCAUAAUUUGUAUGACAUUUUGAAGUGAAUUAAAUAUUUUUGAACAUGCUUCUUCGACAGCCAGUGUUAUAUUUUUCAGAUUAACACAAAGCACAAUGAUUACUCUAAACUCAGUAUUUUCAAAUUCACAUAUUUAAAAGUCAUGCAAACUGCAACUUCCCUGUCAAAAUUACUGGCUGCCAAAUUUAUACCUGUUUCUUCAGCUGUACCUUUUGAUAUUUAGAAUUUUUAAAUUUCUGUAAAGUAGAUUUUGUAGAAUGUGAUGUGUUCACUGCCUUUGUGAAGCGGUAUAUAAUUGUAUAAUUUCUGUGUGUAAACUGAAUGCUUGGGCUUUCAAUACAGUAUUCAUAUAAAGCAAUAAAUAUUAAUGUUAUGAAAUAUUCGAGUACAUUUUUAUCAAAAUACAGAAGAAUCCCUUUUUUAGUUUCAGAUACUGAAGUACACAGAUGAACUUAUAAAACUGAUGCAAACACUUUCUGACACUGUAUCAUAAUCUUUGGGGUGAUGUGGGUGGCAACCACAACUUUUGCAUUUUGACUACUUAAAUUGCUAUGACUAAAUUACCAAAAUGAUUUGGCUCCGUUUAUGUUUAUAGGGUAAAUAUACUACUGACUGACUUGACUGUCAGGUUCACAGCAGCUUGGUGAUACAUUUAAGAAUAUGUCUAGUAGUUGACAUAAAAACUGAAUAUUUACUGUACCCAGGAGGGGAGAAAAAUCACACAUUGUAAAUUUUUAAAGAUUUUUUUGCAAAAAUGUUGAAGCCAAUUUUAAAUGUGACAUUCAUUUGUAGUGGCCUAUUGACCUAUUAUUUUGUUGAGGGAUAUUUUGCCAAUGAGAAUAGAUUUUAAACAUUUUAAGUUUAGAAAUUUUGAAAUUUUCUUUAGAAUAUUUAUGAAAUUAUUGUCAAUAAACAUAUUCUUUAAGAUCCUGUGACCUUUUGAUAUUUUUUGUUUUAAUUGUGCCAUGGACCAUUUGUAAACAAAUCAGUUUACUUUUGUUGGUUAUAAGUUGAAGAUUUAGCGUCAUGACUUUGAGGUCUGUGGUUUUAUUUGUAAACUUGCAGUUGCUAUUUUUGCAAGGGCAAAUGUAUUUCUUUAUUAAAUAAAGUACAAUAAUGGUGAAUGUACCAAAAUGCCAUCACUUAACUCUAUGAGAGAUCUGCAUUUUAAUCUAUAGUUUAAUAGUUUUAAUAUUUAUUAGAUAUUCAUACGUUGAUCCUAGAUCAAACUUGUUGCUGUUUAUACAGAUAAUUGUAGAAUGCUAAUGGAAUAAAUAUCUCCUUUAGGAUAGGUGGAAUACUUUUGUAGUUAAACUGGGAAACCUUGUUCAGCUGGUUUAAGAUACUGAUGCCCAUUUGGAAGUAGAUUUCCGCAAGUAUGCGUAGGUGCACUUACACAGACUUUGCUUAAUGAAAACCUCAGUUCUAAUAGUAACUGAUUCAGAUGUGAAUUUUUUAAAGGCUAAUUUUAGGCACAUUAUCUUAACACACAUCAGCAAAGUCAUAUUAAAAGACCUAAAUGAAGAAGCAAGACCUCAGUGAUUAAAAAUGUUAUUUUCUUUUUUCUUUUUCUUUCUUUUUUUUUUUUUUUUUGGCCUUGAGCAGAUUGUUUACCUGUUAGAAUCUAGACUCUGAACCCAACAUGUAAAAAGAACUUGAAAUGCUGAUGAGGAUACAGAAUAUAUAUGUGGUAUGUUUUUAGCACUUUCCCCUUUUAAAAAACAAGUGAAAACAUUACCCUAGUACAUUUUAAAAAAUACCAUCUUUUCAGUUCUGAAAAUGUAGCAGAACAGAAAUGAGUAGUGGAAAAUGUCAUAUUUUAAUUGUUGGUUAUUAGAUAAAUUUAAUCCAGUUAGGGUUUAUUGUAACUACACCUUUCAGCAGUGUGAACAGAGCAGUGAAUUCCCCAUCAGAGAGCUAUAACCCUUUGGCUUAGAAAGGCAUCCCAGAAAUCCUGCCCCAGAAGGUGUAGCCUGUUAAAGCAUGGAGGUUCAGAGUCCUUUGUUUUGCUGGUGUAGAUAGGCAUGUAUUUGUGCAUUUUUGCAUUUGUAAAAUCAGUAAUUUUUCAAAUAAUGUAAAUGUAAUAUACUAGUUUACUUAUAAAGGUACUAUAGCAGAAUCUAUAGCUGCUACAAUGUUUGAUUAUGAGAAAUGUAACUUGAUAAGGAUGAAAAGGCAACUUGUAGAACCAAAGGAAAUAAAAAUUUUGGAUAGUGUUUCAAAUUGUCUUCUGAACAGGAGUUUCUUAAUUACAUUGGUUUUGAUCAAAUGAAGCUCAGUUCUCUCAAGAUUUGUGCUAAUCGUAAAAUGGAUGAAUGCAAAAACGCCUUGUAAUUUUAUGUGGAAUUAUUAUAAUUAGAUUUAUUGGAUUAUUGGCCUAAUAAGAAUGCUAGUAUGUAUUGGUUAGGAUACAUUUAAUAUUUCACAUUUAAAAAAUAAUCAGUACACUUUCUUCAGAAUUUCCUUUUAUUUCAAUUUGGAGCCUAGAUUACUUUGCCAAAUGUAUUAUUUUCAUAAUGCAAUAAAAUAUAAAUUAGAAGAAUAUC